AUGGCGAAGGCAUCGAAGGACAUUGAUAAAGUGGCACAAAAACAGGUCACAUCCUUCCUACAGCUAAAACAGACAGAUUCAAGCACAUCCCACGCACUCCAAACGCUCGAUAACGAUGUAGUUACGCCAAAGACUCCAGCAGAUGAAGGAAAGCAGUUUUUUCUCGGUGAACGGAGUGCAGAUGAGCGGCCGAUAUCCGUCUACGAGCUAAGAUUGGAUCCCGAUGGUGGGCCUAACAAAGACCGAUCUUAUAUCCGGCUUCCGCCAGCAUAUAUUCCAUAUAUUUUACGCGUCUCUCUUGACGCAGGAACACCAGCUUCAAAGAAUGGCGUAUUCAAGACCAAUUUCCCUUUGGAUGGCGGCGUAUUCGAACGAAACAAGUUUGUUGAGCGCAAGCUUCCCAGUGACUUCUCGAAACCUAUUCAAGUGGAUUUACCUAUCUCUCAUGCGGGAGCAUUCAAGUAUUGGGUCGAGUACGAUGGCGAAGUUCCCGGAGAACGUGCCAAAGGGAGAGAAGGUUACUUUAAUAUAGAUCCAAUCUUGCGCACCAAAGCGCGAUCCCCAAUUCUUUCGUCAGACAUGAAGCCACUGAGUCCUGCGCAGGGCGGCGCAGUUCUUUCACCGGAGAUCGUGUACUUGCCUCUGGACGGCCUGGCUAUACUCACCGUUGUUUCGAAAUGGAUGGGCCCAAUUUCAAACUGGCGAGAACAUUUCACCGAGGCAGGUGAUCGUGGUUAUACCAUGUUGCAUUGGACACCGCUACAGGAACGGGGCUCAAGUGACAGCCCAUACUCCAUUAAGGACCAGAAACAUUAUGAUCCCUCCAUCUUUAUGAGCAGCGUUGAUCCAGGUACUAUCGAUACUCAGGUUAAGGAGAUUUUGCGUGUGGCGAAAGAGGAAUACGGUCUACUAAACCUGACCGAUGUCGUGCUAAACCACACUGCUAGCGACAGUCCCUGGCUCAUCGACCACCCAGAGGCUGGGUACAGUCCGGAAAAUACCCCCCAUCUGACUUCUGCUUUCGAACUUGAUACCGUGAUCCUGGAAUUUUCUUCGUCUGUUGCAUCAAAGGGCCUCCCUACACAAGUUCGAUCUGAAGCCGACAUUGACGUGCUCAUGACUGGCCUGGCUGAAUCCAUCAAGGCCCAUAACAUGUGGCAGUACUAUGUCCUAGAUGUCGAGCGGGAGAAAGAAGUGGUGAAAGAUGCAAUAAAGAAUGGGAAAAUUGUACCAUGGAGGGGCCCUGACGUUGCUGGAAAAUCUGUUGUUGCACUGGCCGAAAUUGCUAAGACCUCAUCCGUUGUUUCAGGUCUCGGCGAACUGGGUUCGCGCUAUGGCGCUCGCUCAGAUGGCGAGAUGGCAGCAGGACUCCUCAAAGCAGCGUCCGUAAACAUCGUAAACGAUGCCGAUAUCCUGGUGGAAAUCUGGGAUCGCGUGGUUGACGUGAUCAAUGUCCCCCUCUACGAGGAGUGGGAAAAGGACACGAAGAUUGCUCUAGAUCACGUGAAGAAUCGCCUCAAGUAUACUCGGCUGGAGGAGAAUGGCCCAAAACUUGGUGAGAUUUCAGCGAGCUGUCCUCUUGUAGAGUCAUAUUUCACUCGUUUGACACCGCCUGGUCCGUUUGACCAGGGGAAAUAUAGUGUCGCCAAUAACGGUUGGAUAUGGGACGCGGACCCACUUCAGAAUUUUGCCCUCCCACCGUCAAAAGCUUACCUCCGGCGCGAGGUCAUCGUAUGGGGCGAUUGUGUGAAGCUUCGAUAUGGCUCGGGGCCAGCUGACAAUCCAUGGCUUUGGGAGCAUAUGAUGUCCUACGUAAGGAUGCUUGCAGCCACAUUCGAUGGCUUUCGUAUCGAUAAUUGUCACUCAACACCGGCGCAUGUCGGUGUUGCAAUGCUCGAUGUGGCUCGUAUCGUCAAUCGAGAUCUUUACGUCUGUGCCGAGCUUUUUACGGGCAGCGAGGAGAUGGAUCUACUAUUCGUGCAGAGAUUGGGCAUCAACAGUCUCGUUAGGGAAGCAGGUAACGCCUGGGAUCCCAAGGAGUUCUCGAGAGUCAUGUAUAGAUUCGGCCUUGGAAAACCGCUCGGAUCUAUGGAUAAUGCAUGCUUGACAAACAUGGAAGAACUCGAUCCUCCCUUCGGAAAAGGUCCAACGCGUCCAUGCAUCGUCAGCCCUUUGAACGGCUCUGUGCCUCAUGCACUCAUGUACGAUCUCACGCAUGACAACGAGUCCUAUCUCGACAAACGUUCUGCAGAGCAUGCACUGUCCGUCGCUGGCAUUGUCACAUUUGGUUACUGUGCAAUUGCUUCAGUGAAAGGUUUUGAUGAUCUAUAUCCGAAGCUAAUUAAUCUUGUCGAGGAAAAGCGGCAAUACGAGCUAACUCGGCUUGGCGAAAAUUCGGGCAUUGCAAGGGCAAAGAGAUUGCUGAAUGGCUUGCAUCGGGAAAUGAUUCUUGGUGGAUUCGAGGAGGGCCAUUACUGGCAAGAGGGUGAUUAUAUCCUCGUUCAGCGGAUGCAUCCGACCAUUCAGAAGGGUUAUCUACUCAUUGCCCAUACUGCAUUCUCAAAGGGCUCAAAAGAUCGCGGCGUCGUAAACACUAUAGAGUUGUCUCGUACCAGAGCUCGAUUCAUAUAUGGCGCUUCGAUCGAAUUUUCAUCAUACGAAACGCCAUAUGAUUCCAACACAAUCCGAGGGCUUCCCGGGAAGCUGGUUGAAAUUCCCAAUGUUGUCGUCCCACAGAUAUCGCAUGAUGUUGCGUCGUUCUGCAGGAUCACAGUCCCAGACUACUUCCCGCCUGGAAGUAUUCUCAUUUUUGAAGUUGAAGUUCAGAACCUGGACGAUGAGCUGGACACCUUCUGUGCCUCGGAUGCGGACAAAGCCUUUGGCAACCUGGACCUUGUUGAUUUGAACAUUGUAUUAUAUCGCGCUGAUGGUGAAGAAAGGGAUGCGACCAGCGGCGUGAUUGGUGCCUAUGAUGUCCCAGGUUUUGUUAAGCUAACUUAUUGUGGGCUGGAGGGAUGGAUGCAUCCUCUUCGGCACAUCAUGAAGUCCAAUGAUCUUGGGCAUCCACUUUGCGAAAAUUUCAGGCAAGGACUUUGGGCGCUCGACUAUAUUAUUCAAGACUGCAAAAGUGGGCAAACAGUCCAAUUCCCGAAACUUUUGCAGCCCGCGCAGUGGUUUAAAGAACGGAUGGAGCGUAUCAAGGCCUCUGUUCCUCCUUAUUUACGUCCAAAGUACUUCGCCAUCCUGAUAUCCACUGCAUACAAAGCCGCUCGCCAUACAGCGAUCGAACAAUGCUCUGAGUUCGUAUAUACAGGGCAUGAUUUCACACAGAACCUUGCGAUGUGCGCCAUUCAGAUGCAUGGAAGGGUACAGUCCGCAUCCCUUGAUCCGGCCAAAUCUACUCCAUCACUGGCAGCAGGACUGCCGCAUUUCGGCACAGGAUGGGCACGUUGUUGGGGCCGCGACGUCUUCAUCUCUUUAAGGGGGUUGUUUUUGACUACGGGCAAUUUCGAGGGCGCUAGAAAACAUAUCCUCGCUUUUGCGUCAACUUUGAAGCACGGAUUGAUUCCCAAUUUAUUGGACUCCCUCAGGAAACCACGGUACAAUUCGAGGGAUUCACCAUGGUGGAUGUUGCAAAAUAUUCAAGAUUAUGUGGCCAGCGCACCUGAUGGUCUGUCGAUCCUGUCGGAGCCAGUGAAGCGUAGAUUCCCUGCAGAUGAUACCUGGGUAGCAUGGGACGAUCCGCGCGCGUACACAUACACGAGCACUCUUGCUGAAAUCAUCCAAGAAAUACUUCAGCGCCACGCAAGUGGAAUCGCAUUCCGCGAGCAUAACGCUGGUCCCAACCUUGACAUGCAGAUGAAGGAUGAAGGAUUCGACAUAAACAUUCGAGUCGACUGGCAAACGGGGUUUAUUUGCGGGGGGAACCAGCACAAUUGUGGGACUUGGAUGGAUAAGAUGGGAGAAUCUGAGAAGGCGGGCACGAAGGGGGUUCCUGGGACACCGAGAGACGGCGCACCGGUCGAGAUAACCGGUUUGCUAAAAAGUACGCUGCGAUGGCUCGAUACACUGUCGAGUAUUGGAAGUUUCCCAUUCAAGGGUGUUGAAGCGACAAUCAAUGGGCAGGAUACCUUUGUUUCCUACAAGACCUGGGGAGACCUCAUACAGCAGUCCUUCGAAAGAUGCUACUAUGUUCCCUUGAACACCGGCGAUGACUCGCGCUAUGAUGUGGAUUCUACUAUCAUCAAUAGAAGGGGCAUCUACAAGGAUGUGUAUGGUUCUGGCCCAGGUCGAGAAUGGUCUGAUUACCAGUUCAGACCAAAUUUCCCGAUCGCAAUGACUGUAGCGCCAGAGCUAUUCCAUCCUCAGCAUGCCCUGCAUGCACUCCGCCUUGCUGACCAGGUUUUACGAAGCCCACUUGGCAUGAAAACCUUGGAUCCAAGUGACAUGCAAUAUCGGCCUCAAUAUGACAACUCUAAUGACACCACGGACCGGUGUGUUGCAAAGGGACUGAACUAUCAUAAUGGUCCUGAAUGGGGUUGGCCGCUUGGAUAUUUCCUCCGCGCUUACCUUUACUUCGACACACGAUUUGGUGCAGGCAAAGAGGAUUCAACUCAGACCCUUCACUAUCUUCACAAAAUUCUACUCACCCCUAAGCAUCACAUCCAGACUGACUCUUGGGCUGGCAUCCCCGAGCUGACAAAUAAGGAUGGUCAAUAUUGUGCCGACUCGUGUAAUACCCAAGCCUGGAGCGCCAGCACGUUGCUAGACUUUUUGAAAGAGGUUCAUGAAAUGGCGUCAUGUAAGUGA